AGUAAUGUGUAAACACAUUACUUUUUCAUUAUUGCGAUAUUCAAUGAUGAAAAUCAUCUUUAUUUAUAAAGAAACAAUACUAUGAGUCAAGUUGUACGUGUUGGAAAGAUGCAAACUGCAAAAAUCAAACAAUCAAGAAGAUCUGUAUAAUAAAUUUUUUAAAAAUCAACGACUAUUAAUUAAUUAUUAAAGAUUUUUUAAAAAUCGUACAACGAAGAAUUUUAUUGUAAUACAUUUUAUAUUAGAAAAUACUCGAUCAAUCUUUAUGAUCUCAAAGACAACAAAUUCACAUACGAAACAUGGCUACGGAUGGAGAAGAAACGAUACCAGGAUCUCCUUGGUACACGAAAUUCUUCGAAUAUUGGAAGAACAGGAAUCGAGUAGGUCCUGGUAAGGUGGAACUUCCCGAUUGUGAUUUCUUUAACGUCGGACCACGGCGAACUUUGAGGAUUCUUAAACCAACCUUGAAAAGUGGAUGGUAUUACGAGAACACCAACGAGAGGCCGGAAUCCAUCAUCGACAAUUUCUUCACCCGUUGGUCCAGAAGGCCUCAUUCGUCCGGAAACUGUAGAUGCUCGUUUCGACAAUCGAAACGAGUGAGUACAGCCGAGGAACAAAUCAUUUCCGACGAAUUAAAUAGGAUUAGAACUAGCCUUUGCGAGGCAGAGAAAAACGAGCGCGCGAUAGAGGAGCUCGAGCAAAGAGUGUCGGUGAAUUUGCAGAAACUGCAGGUCACUGGUCCCGAGAACGAGCCAAUCAAAGUAGAGGAAAAGAGUGUUCUUGUGACGAACGUGAUCAACGAGAUUAACGAUACAAAGGAUGAACAGACAGAAGAACAAACGAUCAAAAAUAAAAUCGUGAAGGAUCUGGAGAAGUAUAUCAACGUGUUGCUCGAGGAGAUAUUGGAUGAUACGGUGAAGUAUGUCGCAGGCGCGGGCGACACGCUUAUCAAGGAUGUAAGAAGCUCUAAGAAAAAGAACGAUUGUUUGACGUUGCGGCGAUUGAACAAGGAUAAAGAGGAUACGAAUGGAAGGAUGAGAUCGAUGAAUCAGGAAUCCUGUGGCAACGAGGAAUCGUUCAACGAUAUCAGUUUCUCAUUUCAUCCGGAGAGGAUCAAGAAGAACGAGGAGGAGGGAUCGGCGCGAAAGAGCGAGGUGUUGAACGGCGGUAACGAGGGAUACAUGAACCGUGGAUUCAUCGGAUCGAGCAACGAUCCUGAUUCAUUGGACUUCUAUUUGAGACGACCGAUCGGCACGGAAGUUACUCUGGAGCAACUGGAUUGUAUCGAUUCUGGUAUAAACAGCGUAGAAACGAUCGAGUUCCAACCGGAUCAGGAGCCGAGCCUGGAGCAAUCCUUGUUGAAGAUCAUCGACGAGAAGCUCGGUAGAACAGCUUUGAGGAACAGUUGGGAAGACUUGAGUACAGAUGGUCAGGGAAACUAUGCUCAGGGCCAGCCGACAAAGAGAACGAACGAGAUGGUUAUUCCAAGAAGUGGAGAGCAGCUGAGCAACGAUCAAGGCACCGGGAGAUCGGAGGUCACCGGGAAGAAUGAUGCGGAAAGGAGCGAGCCUCAGGAUUCGAGCGUUCAAACCACCGGUGGGAUCGAUAUCUCGACGGAUAAUCUCGAGAGUGGCGUGCCCGCGGUAGAUCUGAAGGAGCUGGGGGAAACUGUUAACGAGCCCAGUUUCGAGAAACUGCGGCUGGAAUUCAAGGACAGCAGCAACGAGUCGUCCUUCAGGGCCAAAAAGGGUAACGCGAUCGCGAUGCUGCGAGAAAAGUUCACCGCGAAUCCGAUCGACGAGCCUGACCGAUGCUCUUUGGAAAAGUGCAGCUGGAACGAGAAAAUGGGCACAUUCGAGAUGAAGAAGGAAGCCGUGUCCAUCGAGCUCGAGGAUUACAGGAAGACGUGGCCGAACAUCGAGGAAAGCGCCACUUCGACCUGUUACGAGCAAAAUCCCCGGGAUCUGAUCACGUUUCGGAAGAACCGGAAGCCGAUGAUCGUAUUUUUGCACGGAUUUGGAUCAUCGGCGGAUAUCUUCGAGCAUCAGCUUCAAUAUUUCUCCUCUUUGGGCUAUCCAUGUAUCGCGCCUGAUAUGCUGGGACAUGGAAUGAGCUCGGCACCUGAUCGAUCCAGGGAUUAUCAUUUUAACAAGCUGCUCAAGGAUUUGGAUACUAUAUUGUGUCAUUAUGCUUUCAAACCUGGCCAGAAAUGUGUCCUGGUUGCACACAAUUAUGGAUGCAGUUUUGCGGCUGCUUUGGCCUGUAAAUACGACAGUAGUAUUCAUCAGCUAGUUCUGAUAUCAGGAGGUGGCCCAACUCCUUUAGCAGCGCCUAGUACUGAAAGUGCUGGCCACUGUUGCCUCAGAGCUGUCUUGACGCCUUUUUUAAUGUGUGGCCUUCACAGAGAUAUAUUAUAUUCUGCAAGGGGUCGUCAGCAUCCUUAUUGUGGCCCCGAACCAUCUGAACAAUGGCCUUCGCACAUGAAAUACGUUUUGGACGGCAUGGUUUGGCCGGAAGGAGACUACGUGUUCCAUAGAAGGAUAUGCACGCCGACACUUCUCAUACAUGGCUUAAGGGAUAACAAAGUGUCGCUCGUGCAGGAAUGCCAAAUGGAAAGGACUAUGGUGAAAGUUUUCCUCGAAGCGAUUCCAACUGCUGGCCAUACACCUAUGACUGAUUGCCCAGAGCAAGUCAAUCAUAUGAUACAUUGUUUCAUAGAUUUGUGGAAAAAUAAAAAAUGGUAGCGAUAAAAUAAUUAAAUAAGUAUGUUUACAAAAAAGUUCGUGGACCAGAUAUUAUAUAUAUAAGAUUAAAUUUAAAUCAAGUUCUUAGUACGGGUAUUUCACUCAUUACAUAUGAAGAAGAAAAAAGUUAUGGUGCCUUAUGCUUAAUCUGCUGCAACGAAUUUAACGCAUCGAAAUAAAAAAAGAUUAAGGUCUAUUGUACAUAAUCUAUAUUUCACAUUGGUGAAAAUUUGUUUGUAUAGAAUUCUAUUUUAUACAAUUGAAAUGAAGUAACCAAGUUUUAUAAUUAUUUUUUUAUAAACAUUUGUUUAAUAUUGUAAAUGAAAAAAAUACCGAUAAGAUACUCGUAUCUGUAAAAUUGUAUAAGUUUGCAGA